GAUCAGCUGCUGAUGUUUAUUUGUUUCUUCACAAUACAAACUGCGUCGUGUCUUUUUUACUUUCGGUUUCUCUGUGAGUCUCUGCAGCUCCAUGACUCCAUCUGCUGGACAGAUAGUAGAAGUGCAGCAGCUGAUCUUUUCCAGGAGGAUCUGAGUGGAUGAAUGAUGUUUGUUUCCUGUGCAGGUGAAGGUAGAAAGUGUGUGUGAGCUGCUGUGAGUUGAGCAUCAUGGAUGAGUGUGAGGACAGAGAGGAGGGAGUCCCUCCCUCUAAAAGCUCUCUGUGUGGGGAACAGGAGAACCAGAGCAAAGCUCAGAGGAAUCCACCUGGACCUGGACCUGGACCUGGACCUGGACCUGGACCUGCAUCCAGCUGUGUGUCCUUAAAGAGUGACCAUUCGAUGGGUCGCUUAAUUGACUUGAAAGAUGAUCAACCUCCUGCUGCAGAGAAAAUCCAUCAGAGACCAGAGUCCUCUGGACCUGGACCUGCAUCCAGCUAUGUGUCCUUCAGGAGUGACUGGUCUAAGGAUAAUCCUCCUUAUUUUAAAGGAGAACCAGGUCCUGCUGCAGAGGGAGUGGAGCAGCAGAACUCAGAGGUUCCCAGAGCUCAGUCUGUCCAGCAGCAUCACCUGGACUCCAUAUUCAUGCUGCUGGAGGACAACAUGGUGACUUUUGUGAAGAAGGAGCUGAAGAAGAUGCAGAAGGUCGUGAGUCCAGAUUACCCAGAAUGCUCAGAGAGUCAGAGGGAGGAUGAGGAGGAGUUGGAGGGUGAUGAUGAAGAUGAGAGGAGCAGCAGAGAGAUGUUUGAGCAGAUCACAGUGUUGUUCCUGAGGAGGAUGAAGCAGGAGAAGCUGGCUGACUGUCUGCAGAGCAAACUUGCUGCUGCAGUUUGUGGACGUAAACUUAAAUGUUCUCUGAAGAAGAAGUUCCAGAGAGUGUUUGAGGGCAUCGCUAAAGCAGGACAGAAGACCCUCCUGAAUGAGAUCUACACAGAGCUGUACAUCACAGAGGGAGGGACUGCAGAGGUCAAUGAUGAACAUGAGGUCAGACAGAUUGAAGCAGCAUCCAGGAAAGCAGACAGAGCAGAAAGAAGCAUCAGAGCAGAAGACAUCUUUAGAGGCUCACCUGGAAGAGAUGGACCAAUCAGAACAGUGAUGACACAGGGAGUGGCUGGCAUCGGGAAAACAGUGUUAACACAGAAGUUGACUCUUGACUGGGCUGAAGACAAAAGCAACCAGGACAUCCACUUCAUGUUUCCAUUGACUUUCAGAGAGCUGAAUGUGGUGAAAGAGAGAAAGUUCAGUUUGGUGGAACUUGUUCAGCACUUCUUCAGUGAAACCAAAGCAGCAGGAAUGUGCAGCUUUGAAGACUUCCAGGUUGUGUUGAUCUUUGACGGUCUGGAUGAGUGUCGCCUUCCUCUGGACUUCCACAACAAUGAGGUCCUGACUGAUGUUACAGAGUCCACCUCAGUGGAUGUGCUGCUGACAAACCUGAUCAGGGGGAAUCUGCUUCCCUCUGCUCGCCUCUGGAUAACCACACGACCUGCAGCAGCCAAUCAGAUCCCUCCUGACUGUGUGGACAUGGUGACGGAGGUCAGAGGGUUCACCGACCCACAGAAGGAGGAGUACUUCAGGAAGAGAUCCAGAGAUGAGGAGCAGGCCAGCAGCAUCAUCUCCCACAUGAAGACAUCACGAAGCCUCCACAUCAUGUGCCACAUCCCAGUGUUCUGCUGGAUCACUGCUACAGUUCUGGAGGAGCUGCUGAGAAGCAGAGAGGGAGGAGAUCUGCCCAGAACCCUGACUGAGAUGUUCAUCCACCACCUGGUGGUUCAGACCAAAGUCAUGAAGGUCAAGUAUGAUGGAGGAUCUGAGACAGAUCCACACUGGAGUCCAGACAGCAGGAGGAUGAUUGAGUCUCUGGGAAAACUGGCUUUUGAGCAGCUGCAGAAAGGAAACCUGAUCUUCUAUGAGUCCGACCUGACAGAGUGUGGCAUCGAUAUGAGAGCAGCCUCAAAGUACUCAGGAGUGUUCACACAGAUCUUUAAAGAGGAGAGAGGGCUGUACCAGGACAAGGUGUUCUGCUUCAUCCAUCUGAGUGUUCAUGAGUUUCUGGCUGCUCUUCAUGUCCAUCAGACCUUCAUCAACUCUGGAGUCAACCUGCUGGAAGAACAACAACAAACAACAUCUCGUUGGUCUAAACUGUUCCAGAGUAAAUCGGCACAUUUCUACCAGAGAGCUGUGGACGAGGCCUUGCAGAGUCCAAACGGACACCUGGACUUGUUCCUGCGCUUCCUCCUGGGUCUGUCACUGCCGACCAAUCAGAAUCUCCUACGAGGCCUGCUGACACAGACAGGAAGUCUCUCACAGACCAAUCAGGAAACAGUGAAGUACAUCAAGAAGAAGAUCAGUGAGAACGUGUCUGCAGAGAGAAGCAUCAAUCUGUUCCACUGUCUGAAUGAACUGAAGGAUGUUUCUCUAGUGGAGGAGGUCCAACAGUCCCUGAGAUCAGGACGUCUGUCCACAGAUAAACUGUCUCCUGCUCAGUGGUCAGCUCUGGGCUUCAUCUUACUGUCAUCAGAAGAACAUCUGGACGUGUUUGACCUGAAGAAAUACUCUGCUUCAGAGGAGGUUCUUCUGAGGCUGCUGCCAGUGGUCAAAGCCUCCAAGAAAGUUCUAUUGAGUGGUUGUAAUCUGUCAGAGAGAAGCUGUGGAGCUCUGUCCUCAGUCCUCAGCUCCCAGUCCUCCAGUGUGACAGAGCUGGACCUGACUAACAACAACCUGCAGGAUUCAGGAGUGAAGAGUCUUUCUGCUGGACUGGAGAGUCCACACUGUAAACUGGAAGCUCUCAGACUGAGUGGCUGUAAUCUGUCAGAGAGAAGCUGUGGAGCUCUGUCCUCAGUCCUCAGCUCCCAGUCCUCCAGUGUGACAGAGCUGGACCUGACUAACAACAACCUGCAGGAUUCAGGAGUGGAGAGUCUUUCUGCUGGACUGGAGAGUCCACACUGUAAACUGGAAGCUCUCAGACUGAGUGGCUGUAAUCUGUCAGAGAGAAGCUGUGGAGCUCUGUCCUCAGUCCUCAGCUCCCAGUCCUCCAGUGUGACAGAGCUGGACCUGACUAACAACAACCUGCAGGAUUCAGGAGUGGAGAGUCUUUCUGCUGGACUGGAGAGUCCACACUGUAAACUGGAAGCUCUCAGACUGAGUGGCUGUAAUCUGUCAGAGAGAAGCUGUGGAGCUCUGUCCUCAGUCCUCAGCUCCCAGUCCUCCAGUGUGACAGAGCUGGACCUGACUAACAACAACCUGCAGGAUUCAGGAGUGGAGAGUCUUUCUGCUGGACUGGAGAGUCCACACUGUAAACUGGAAGCUCUCAGGCUGUCAGGCUGUCUGCUCACAGAGGAAGGCUGUGCUUCUCUGGCCUCAGCUCUGAGCUUCAAGACCUCAAAUCUGAGAGAGCUGGACCUGAGCUACAACCAUCCAGGAGACUCAGGAGAGAAGAUGCUGAGAGCUAAAGUGGAGGAUCCACACUGUAGACUGGAAACUCUCAGGGUGACGCCUGCUGGAGUCCGAUGGUUGACACCAGGUCCAUGGAGGUAUUCCUGUCAACUCACAGUCGACACAAACACAGUACACAAAUACCUCAGACUGUCUGACAACAACAGGAAGGUGAAAUUAGUGGAGGAGGUUCAGUGGUAUCCUCAUCAUCCAGACAGGUUUGAAUACUGGAGGCAGCUGCUGUGUAGAACUGGUCUGACUGGUCGCUGUUACUGGGAGGUGGAGUGGAGAGGAGGGGUUGAAAUAUCAGUGAGUUACAGAGGAAUCAGAAGGAAAGGAGACAGUAAAGACUGUGGAUUUGGACAAAAUGAUCAGUCCUGGAGUCUGUUCUGCUCUGAUGAUGGUUACUCUGUCAAACACAAUAACAGAAAAACAUCCAUCAGUUCCUCCUCAGUCUCUCACAGAGUUUCAGUUUAUGUGGACGUUCCUGCUGGAACUCUGUCCUUCUACAGAGUCUCCUCUGACUCUCUGAUCCUCCUCCACACCUUCAACACCACAUUCACUCAACCUCUCUAUCCUGGAUUUGGGUUCUAUCCUGGUUCCUCAGUGUUUCUGUGCUGAGUUCAGUCUCCAGAGUCUCCUCCUGUCAGAGAAACAGUGUUGAACAGAUAGUUGAGUCUCUCCAUGACUCUGUCCCUCACAAACAUGUUUUCACAUUCAUGGAUUAAAUCUAAUCUUCUUCCUCUUCAAAGAUGAAGUUGUGAUUAUUCCAGGAGCCAAAUGUGGUGUUUGCGUCUUUUUCCAGUCAAAUGUUGAGAGUGAAAAUCAGGAUGUGGUGUUCCUCUGACGCUCACUUGAACUAAAAGCAUUUGAGCUGCACAAAGUGUGAAAUGAGAGAGGAAGCAGUGAAUCUACAAACUGCUGACAGACUUUCACACAUUAUUGUCCAGAGAAAAUCAGGUUUUUGUGUGCAAACAACUGUGCAAACUCUGUUUCAUAAUCUAAUAUUGUUAUUGUAUUCAUUUGUUCCCUUUUUUUCUUUUUAGAACAAACAGACAUUUAAAAUCUUUUCCUGUAAAAACAUCUGAUGAUUAUUUAGCUCACAGAGUUUUAAAACCUUCACAAAGCAAACAGAAAUCACACAAACAUCCAGUUAACACGACGUGUUUUAAUCUGAAUAUUCUUUCUAUUCAGACAUUCUAGUUUCUUUUAUGCACUUUAGUCUUGAAGCAAUGAGGACAAACCUACAUUAUUAUUAAAUCUCUCUUUUUAUCCAACAGGAAAUCUAAAUUCUUCCACAUAUUUUAGACUUUCUCUGUAAAAACAGGACAAAAGAAGCUGCAGAACUACAGAAAUAUGAAUGUAAAAGCUGAAUCAGUCUGAAAACUAAACACAAAACUAAUCUGCAGCGUUUAGUUCUGAUAAAUAAUCAGUUUUUUACAGAUUUCUGAUGCUUGGUGGACUGAAGGAACGGCGCCUCCUGCUGGAGUCUCAGCUGAACAUUGAAAUCAAUAAAGAGCUUCCUGAAGUUUAUAAAGUAAAUUAAACAAAGGUAAAUAAAAUGUGCACAGAAAUGUGAGUCUCAAAUCAAUGAGUCGUCCCUACUGAGCAGCAGCAGACUGUGGAGCUAAAAGCAGAUGUUCAGCGUUCUCUCCAGUCAGACGGCUUCUUGUUUAUUGGAUUGUAUCUGUUUAUUGGAUACAAAGGAUGGCUAUGUUGGUGAUGACUGAGAUGAGCUGAUGCAGUGUGGGGGGGAAGCUUCGUCAGAGAUAAGUAGCUGUUCCUGGGCCAGUGGACCCCCAAAAGCCUCCCAUAAGAAAGAAAUGAAUAGUGAGUGUUACAUACAGAGUAGGUCUCAGGGGUCUGAGCAGAUGAGAAGUGAGGCCCAUGGUCUUCAUUAUGUGGCCCAGAACCCCUUGUCUGGAAGCUGCGUCAAUAUGGAAGGAGUGGCCAGAGAUCAUGCAAGGAUUCUGGAUGCAGUCAGGACUUGCUCAAAGUGGAAGAGGAAUCAGGAUCAGAUUAUGACUUCACUGGUCUCUUUGGCAAACUGAGGGUCAGAAGACAAAGCAUCCUGACAUUUUGCUGACUUGUAUAUGGUGUGCUAGAGUUUUGCGAGGGCUUAGGUGUGAAUCUAGUUUGAAGUUCAUGAUGAGCAUGGACUGCUCACUUCAUUGGUUUGGUUUCACUUGAGUGAAUACACCAGGUGGUCCUCAGAGAUGGAAAAAGGUCAAGACAAGACACGCACUUAAAUUGAUGGUGUGGCUUGAAGUUGAAACCCCCAAAACCGGCAGAAGGAGCAUGAUUGAAGAGUUGAGUGUUGCUUGGAAUUUUGUUCAUGAGUGAUGAAAGAAUGGAGCAUGAGAUGGGCAGGCAGCUGGUGUAGCAUCAGUAGAUGUAUUGAAACGUCGUCAUGAGGUGGCAUCUGAGCCGAAAAACAAAGUUUACGAAUUACACUUCAAUCUACAUUCCAACCCAAACCUAUGGUCAUGAGCUCUAGAUGGUGAUGGAACAGUGAAAUGGUGUGAACAAAAGACUGAAAUGAAUUUCCUCCAUAGUUCGACUAGGCAUGACCGUUGAGACAGAGUGAGGAACUCGACACGUGGUGGGAGCUUGCUGUGGAAUUGUUGCUCCUUUGCCUUAAAAGGAGCCAGUUGAGGUGGUUCAGAUGCCUGAUUUGGAUAGCUCUUCUGCAACAUAUUGGAGUGGACAAUGGAGAUAUGCGUUACUGGCGUCUCUGCUGGGAAUUUAAACAGAAGGUUGACGGGGGUGAAGGUUUGUUUUGUUUUUGCCAGUUUGUUUUUGCAUUGUACCAUUAGGUCCCACUUUUGAACAAGGACAACAACAAGGAUAUUAAAUUCUAUAUCAAAGCUAAUGAAGAGAAGCUAAUAUGUGGGAAAUAUGAGUACUAGCAUAGUGUACUGAGGAGCAGGAAAAAAGUUUAUUGCCAGACACAUUCCAAAGCAACACACACUGAAAAUCUAGAGACCUUUCUCACAGCUUUAAAUUUGGCAGGAGACUCCACUCCACAGGAGAGACACUUUUUGAUUGACUGUACAAUCAAAAAAUUUGAUCACAAAGUGUCAAUCCGGAAGCUAAGCACACCUCUGGAGAAGAGGAGAUUGUACUUUACUGUGACUACCUGACCUUUCUAUACAAGAAUGAACUAAACAGUUUUGAAUCCUAAAAUAAAGGAAAUCCAGUGUCACUGAAGUUAUGAUCCAACAUCUACACUAAAUCUACAAUACCAGGUCAGCAUGGUCACUACUGAAGAAGAGCAUCUCACAUUUGAAGAGGAUGGAAACAUGAGACACAAACAGCCCUCAUCUCUCUGUCACAGCUACAAAGGGCCAAGACAGAGAUACCUUUAUCCUAAGCAUAGAUUGUGUUAUUGUUGAAUGGAUGUGCUUUUAUUCUUAGUUAUAUUAACAAGUUUUUUUUCAUGUAUCCUGAAAUUCCACCUUUUUUUGCAUGUUUAUUUUUUUUACGAUCUCAGGAACCAUAUGAGGUAAAGAUAUUAUGUUUGAAAUCAUUUUAAUCACCUGUUCAGUCGAACAUGAGAUCUGUUAUAGUAGAUAUUUAACAAAUGGGUUUAAUGCACACUACCAGUCAAAGUGGUGACACACCUUCUCAUUUAAUGUUUUUUCUUUAUUUUCAUGACUAUUUUCAUUGUAGAUUCUCACUGAAGGCAUCGAAAUUAUGAAUGAAAAUUUAUGGAAUUAUGCAGUGAACAAAAAAAUGUGAAAUAAGUCAAAACAUGUUUUUCUAAUUUACAUUCUUCAAAGUAGUUACCAUUUGCAGGGCUUAAAGUGAGAAAAAAUCCUGAGCCUGAACUUCUAAGAUCCAAUUUAUAGUGUCAAUAAACGUAUUUAAAUGUGUUUUAAAACGCACUAAAACACAAUAUAUAUGAGAUUCUAUUAAUUCAGAGCAAAUAUGAGGUCAUCUGGUGGAAAUAAUGCCCAUUAUGAUCCCACUAUUUUAUUGUUGCUCAAAUGUAAAACCUUACUCGGCCAAAACUUAAGACAUUUUAGAAAGUGCCCCAAGUCAGAUUUUUUUUGUGUUGAUGUUUCAAUACCACAUCACUAUAAUUGCAAAGAUUUAUUUUAGUGUAAAGGGGAAAAAUCAUGAAAAUCAAGUACAUGUAUUAUUAAUAACUUUUAAUAAUUUUUAUCUCUUCAGUAGAUUUAACAAGAACUCAAAACACCAACCACAACAAAACUGCUACAAAACUCUGCUGCUUUCCUUCAUAAGGCACAAUUUUUACUUACAACAUUAUCUCAAGUGUCAGUCUCAAGAGAAUAUUAAGUGCUUGGAGAGUACUGUUUGAAAAAGUCAUUUCUUUUUUCUUUUUUGCUUUGUUUGUGAAUUUUCUGAACAUUUUCUUUUUAACAUGUUCAAAAUGUUGUUUGUUGAAAUAAACUGCAAAACACAGACAACAGAAUUAACUUGUUUAAUAUUCUCUGGAACACUACAAGAGAAUAAACUGUCAUAUGUCACUUGCUUUACCAACUUUGUAUUUAAUCAGGUAAUAAAAGUACUAGUAUUAACUCUUUAA